UUAAAUAUGACGAACCAUCUUCAGGAAGAACACUAGCUGGGCAAAAAAUGGCGUGUUUGCACGAUCACAGCUGCGAGGAUCAUGAUUGUUCUGCUAAUUGGACUCUUUACCAACACAUUGACCUCCCCAGGGUAUCUGCAUUGAAUGAGGCUGUCUCAGGAAGCGUUCGGUCAGUUUUUAGAGCUUGGGACCAGCGCUUGAAUUCUUCCGAGGGCUACUUGGAGAGCAAUGAGGGAGAUCCAGAACUAAUUGUCUUCAUCCCGUUUACAUCGGAUGUUAAAAUCAAAAGCAUAUCAGUUAUUGGUGGCGCUGAUGGAACAAGUCCUGCCAAAAUGAGAGCGUUUAUCAAUAAGGAUGGUAUUGACUUUUCAGAUGCUCAAUCCAUUCAACCAAUCCAGGAAUGGGAUUUGGUGGAAAAUUUCCAAGGAGUGUUAGAAUACCAAACAAGGUAUGCUAAGUUUCAGAGCGUGGCAAGUAUCACUUUGCAUUUCCCAGAAAACUUUGGUGGGGAGACCACUCAAAUUCAUUAUAUUGGCUUAAAAGGUGAAGCCACACAGUUGAAGAGAGAUGUCGUUGCUACAAUUGUUUAUGAACUGAGGCCAAAUCCUUCAGAUCACAAGACACGGGCUGAAUUGGGAGGUGGCCUUUCACAGGUGGAAUGAGGUUUCCGCUGCAUGGACGGCUGUUAACUUUCUGAUGUAAAUUUCAUCCACAUAACCAAAGGAAACUCUAAAUCCGCUGUUUAAUUGGUCAUCUGUAAUCAAUAUCCAUCUGGAUUGAUAGACUAGACAAUCGGAAUGUUUUACUACUAACUCAACUGUGCGCCAUCUGCCAUCUUUUAUUUAUGGAUACUAUAUAGCACUUGCUGAAAGUUUGGUUC